AUGAGGACUGCUCAUCGACCAAACCCGGACGAUUUCAUCAGCCUGCUCAGCAGCGAGGAUGAAGCGCCCUUGAACAGAAAGAGAAAGUACUCGGUGGCAGAACAAGCCAGCGCUGGUAGAAACAGGGAUUCUCAAGGACGAGCCAAGCGUGUUCGAACAAGCCAAGUCCCUGGGGAUAGCAUCACCGGGGCCAAAGGGCUCAAGGCGGGAAAACUCGAGGUCGUUGAAGGCUCUGAUAUCGGAAUUCCCGCAUUUGGCUCACAUGGCGAGAAGAAGAAAACUGGAGGCUUCUCUCCGGACAGUGUCUUCUUGCCCAAGUCGCCUCCGAUGUUCACCUUGCACUCAAUCUCUCUUCAGCUUCCUGUGUUUGCCCCACAGAGAGAGGGAACAUGGCUCACCAGAUUCACCGAGUGGGCUCAGCUGCUCUGCAGCGCCAACAGGGACUCACCCAGUGCUGCGGAGAUCACGCCUGCCUUGAUUCGCACCGCUUACAAGCAAUACAUUGACAUCCACAGCAGGCUCAAGUCCAACAAGAAGCGGGCUGCCCGACUGGUGGCCCAACAGUUCAAGGAUUCGUCACUGCUUGACCUGAUAAGGGCCUUCCGGCCACUCCAGAACGAGGCUACGGUGCAGGAGACUUUGGAAGAAGGUUUGGACGCAACUUUGGCCGGAUCCGAGAUACGACUUGACUCACUUCGCCCGCUGGCGCUUCCGCCUCAAAGCCAAAUCCUCUCUUCUGCUGCGGCGCCUCCUAGUUUGCUUACAGAGCAGUCCGGCGCUCUCUAUAUAUUAGACGUGGCCCCCCAGCUUCCCCAGGACGCAACGAUGUGCGAGACAAUACCAGCAUCACAGCAAGGAUCACAGCCAGCAUCACAGCUAGACUUGCUUCCAGAACCACAACCGAAGCAUCUUCGACAGACCCAACACGCCUCUGUCAAAGUCACCAUGUCGCUCCCAUCUGCUGUCCCUUCCGGCGCCGAAGCCCUCAGGCAGCAGCGCCUGUAUUUCCCUUCGGCCAGGGACCCCUUCAACAUGUGCUUGCUCUGUGGAGCAGAGGGCCAUGUUGCCGACAAGUGCACCCGGUCGUGCCAACUCUGCGGGAAAAAAGACCACUGGGACCUUUGCUGCCCAUUAUGGCAGGCCAACUGCGGAAAAUGUUAUCGGGUUGGCCACUCGGAUGAAGCCUGUUGGUAUCCUGAGGAACACUACUGGGUUUUUUGCACAUACUGCAGGUCAGCCGAGAGCCACUUGUCUUCGGACUGCAUGUCACUCUACAGGUCCUUUCGUCCCGGCCCAGACACUAUCAAGAAGGUCAAUACACUGCCUGUGUCAUGCGCCAAAUGCGGGAGUAAGAAGCAUUUCCACGGGGACUGCCGUCCAAAUGGAAUGCCCGCCCUGCGUUGUGACCACAGGUUCCACCUGGACAAUAUGCGCCAGUAUCUGGACCCGACGAGCAGUGCCGGCCCCAUCAUCGGCGCAGAUGCAUGCAGAGUGGCUCCCAAGGCAGGAGGUUUCAGGGUCUACGGCCAAGUCUUGGCCUCGCCUGUCGACAACGUGCACUACUACUCCGGCAGCGACGAUUCCGAUGAAGGGCUUCAUCGCCAUCCCUUGGCUCAUUGUCGUCACGAGACAGUUCACCAUAUCGCCCCCCGACACCUCCACCGCAUCCUGUGCCAUCUCGUCGAGGCGGAGGAGGAGGAAGACGUGGUCGAGGCGGCCAUCAUGGUGGCCCAGGUCGCCAACAGGGACAAAGUGGUCAGGCUGCUCAGGAUGUCCAGAGACGUCAUGAGGAACAAGUGCAAGGUGGCCAACAUGUGCAGAGUGGACAAGGCGAGCAGACUGGCCGAGGCGGCCGGCGUGGCAGAGGUAAAAGCGGCAAAAGCGGGAAACGAGGUGGCCAGAAAGGUCAAGAUGGACAAGGACAUCAUGAAGGCCCUGAUGUACACAAUAUCCAGGGUGUUCGAGAAGACGAAAACGGCCCAGGCCAACAGAAUGGCCAGGGAAAGCGAGGCAAAAAGAAGCCACGACGUGGCCGAAGAAGUUCAGAUGGACACCAAUGAGGCCAAGACGGACAAGUUGCACAAGAUGUCCCAGCUCAUCAGGGUGAUCAAGCAGGCCAAGUCGACGCAGGUGAACAAAACGGCCAGGGAAAACGAGCUACAAGACAGGGACGACGUGGACAGAUUCACCAAGGCCAAAAUGAACGGGGCCUGGAGGACUGGGUCCUAA